AUGGAUGCUGUCUGGGUAGCUCGUCCUGUCGCAAACGCGGGUGAUGACUUCCACGAGUCCAUGCCCGACCGCGUCCGACGUGUCGGUCUGGACAUUGAAGAACUAGAAAACUAUUAUCGUGUCUCCGUCUCGCCGCAAAGGCAUGCACGACUGCGUCAAUUCCUCAGCGACGAGCUUGACUCCCUCUUCGACCUCGACUUCCAACAGCUGUCCAAGCAGGACCAAGUCGACUUUUUGCAGCUCCGCAACCACCUUGAUCGAACAACGCAGCAGCUCCAGGCGGAACGAGAGCUCAUCUCUCGGAUCGAGCACCUCUUCCCCUUCUCAGAUAUUGUCGUCGAGUUAUCCGAAGCGCGUGAGGCCGUGAAGCCGCUUGAAAACGCCUACUUCGCUGACCAAGUUAAUGCCGUCGCAAAACUGGCGCAGCAGACGCAGCACGGUGUCGUGGAUGGGAAGCUGCACGCUACAAAGACGGACGCAUUCAAGGCCUCCAAAAUCAUUAAUGAGCUUCAGAAACAUCUCGAAGAAAUACGAAGGUUCUUCGGCUCCUAUGACCCAUCCUUUGAUUGGUGGGUUACAGCGCCACUCAAGCAAGCCGUCGCCGCAUUGCGCGAACACAAGGUUGCUGUUGAGCGACACCUUGUCGGCAUUGGGCCUGAUGGCGAGGAUGAAAUCAUUGGCCAGCCGAUUGGACGGGAGGCGCUGCUCGUCGAACUCGAGGCCGAGAUGAUUGCCUACAGCCCCGAGGAGCUACUCAACCUCGCCGACGAGGUCUUCCGGUGGUGUGAGACGCAGAUGAAGACUGCCUCGUGCGAGCUCGGCUUCGGCGACGACUGGAAGCGGGCGCUCGACUACGUCAAGACGCAGCACGUCGCUCCGGGCGAGCAGCCGGCGCUCGCCAAGGCGCUCGCGCUCGAGGGUGCCGCGUACGUCAAGAAGCACGACCUCGUCACGGUGCCGCGCGUCGCCGACGAAACGUACCGCGCCAACAUGAUGCCUGCCGCGCUGCAGAAGACGGCGCCAUUCUUCCUCGGCGGCUCCGGCAUCCUGAUCGCGUACCCGCUCGCGGACAUGGACCACGACCUGAAGCGGAUGGUGCUCCGCGGCAACAACCGCCACUUUGCGCGCGCCACCGUCUUCCACGAGCUGGUGCCCGGCCACCGCCUGCAGUACUACUACAACGGCAGGUACAACAGCCACCGCCGCCUGUUCUCGACGCCGUUCUGGAUCGAGGGCUGGGCGCUCUACUGGGAGCUGCGGCUCUGGGACCGCGGCGACUUCUUCGCGUCGCCCGAGGACCGCGUCGGCACGCUCUUCUGGCGCAUGCACCGCUGCGCGCGCAUCGUCUUCUCGCUCCGCUUUCACCUGGGCGAGUGGUCGCCGCAGCGGUGCGUCGACCUGCUGGUGGACGGCGUCGGGCACGAGCGGGCCACGGCUGAGGCUGAGGUCCGCCGCUCGUUCGCGGGCGACUACCCGCCGCUGUACCAGGCCGGCUACCUGCUCGGCGCGCUGCAGUUUGACGCCCUGCGCGGCGAGGUCCUGCGCGAGGGCAGUGUCUCGGAGAAGCAGUUCCACGACGCCAUCUUGCGUGGCGGCAGCAUGGCUGUCGAGAUGGUGCGUGCCCUUCUGCUAGACCUGCCACUGUCGCCGGAUUAUAAACCCCACUGGCGAUUCUACAAGAAAUAG